AUGGGGCUCAGGGAGGCCAAGCAUCCUAGGCCCGGCGAAGUGGGGUCGGCCGGGCCUGCGUGGAGAUGGGGCGAGGAGCGAACCCCACGGGCCGUGGGGGGGGGGCUGCCCGGGGGUGGGGAGCGCGCCCCCUUCUCCGCCCCGGUGGUCCUUGCCCAGCCCACCCCCAGCUUCCACCCUCGACUAACCCCGGGAACGCCCGAAAGCGUCCCCCAUCAAUCUCUCCCUCCCUCGCUCGCUCGCUCCCGGGCGGCCGCGGGCACCGGCAGGGCGGGAAGGAGGGGGUACCGGGGGACUCGGUGCCGGAGGAGGACGACGCCGGGGUGCGUGGGGGGAGAGAGCCCGAGUACAGCAAGUGAGAGACGAGGGGGCGCGGGCGGCCGGGGUCACGCGCGCCGGCAGAGCCGGGAAGCGGCCUCGGUGAGUAACACCGUUGCUAUGGCGACGUGGCCGGGAGGAACAGGAAGCAGCAGAAAUAGCUGCCGCCGCGGCCCGCGCGCCCGGCCCCCUCCCCCCUGCGAGCCCGUUGCCACGGAGACCGGCUCGCGCGAGGCUGUGCGGGCGGCCGCGGCCUCCGGCGCCCCGGCCCGCGCAUGCGCCCGGGGCCAGCCCCGCGCGACGGACGCGGGGUGGGGGGGGCGCCGAGGAGGGGGUCAAACGCUGCAGCUCAGGCCCCACCCGGACCCCCAAACCUGCCUAGCUGCCCGCUUGGAUGGGAAGGAAAAAAAAAAAAGACGAAAAAGCUAA